AUGGACCGGAGGGACACCCGGAGGGACACCCGGAGGGCUGUGCCCAGCUCCCCCCGGCACCCCGCACCCCGCUGGAGCCGAGCAAACCAGGGGCGAGCCGGCGGGACGUGCCCGCCCGGCCAAGGCUUCGUGCCCCCGACGCCUUUUUCGCCCCGCCCGCAGGACGUGCAGGUCCCCGUGUGCCCGCUCUGCAACACGCCGGUGCCCGUGAGGCGAGGGGAGAUGCCCGACGUGCUGGUGGGCGAGCACAUCGACCGCCACUGCAAGGCCGACCCCGCGCAGCGCAAGCGCAAGAUCUUCACCAACAAGUGCUUGAAGCCCGGCUGCAAGCAGAAGGAGAUGAUGAAGGUGAUCUGCGAGCAGUGCCACAAGAACUACUGCCUGAAGCACCGGCACCCCCUGGACCACGACUGCAGCGGGGCUGGGCACUCGCUCUCCACAGCCGGACACGCCGCGCUCGCUAGGGCCCAGGCCUCCUCCUCCAAAGCGGUGACCCCGCCAGGCAGUGGAGCUGCCCAGCCCGCAGACAGCCCCUCCGCCAGGGGCAGAGCAGCCGCGUCCCAGACCCCCAGCACCUCCCCGCCGGCUGCCGUGCUGCAGAACGGACUGAGCGAGGAGGAAGCGCUGCAGCGGGCUCUGGAGCUGUCCCUGGCGGAGUCAGCACGCGGCUCGGCGCAGCCGCCCAGCACGCAGGAGGAGGAGGACCUGGCACUGGCCCAGGCGCUGUCGGCAAGCGAAGCCGAGUACCAGCAGCUGCAGCGGCAGGCGCACGGCUCGAAGCCGUCCAACUGCAGCAUGUCGUAGGCACGCGGCGGUGCGCCCGCGGAGGUGGCAUCCUGCUGUGGCACGAGGGACAGCCGUGGCCUCCCGCGGGGAUGCCGUCAGGGCAUCCUGGACAUCCUGGAUGCUGACAAGAGCCAGGCUCCACCUCA